AUGUGGAAGGCUGGAGCGAUGGUCGCGCAUCGCUCGCUCUUGCCUCGCACACAUAUAAAGGCAAAGGACACACAGCUGCUAUACCGACGUCUGAAGCCAAUGCGGGAUUCUCCCUUAUGGCUUUCGCGACCUAUCUCGUCGUCGACAUCCUCUUCUGUUUCAAGUAUUAAACAUGCCAAGUUAGCAGCGGCAGCACUAGCUACAACGUUCGUUGGGUAUUUAUUCGUGACGACAGGUCGUCAGAGCAAUCAGGAGAAACAGCAGCGUGAAUUAGAGAUCAAACGUGAACGCCAGCUGAGUGCUCGCCUUGCGGCCGAGCUCGUGGCUGCCGAAGCGAAUCAGCAUAAAUUAGACUGGAAGGCUACGCUUGAGCGUGUGGUUCCGGCGAUUGUGAGCUUAAAGCUCAACUCGCCUAAGUUUUUUGACACAGAGUCGCCAGGUAAUGGGUCCGCCACAGGCUUCGUGGUGGAUGCAGAGAAAGGAAUCAUCUUGACAAAUCGCCACGUUGUUGGACCAGGUCCCAUUGAUGCCGAGGCCGUCUUCCAAAAUAAUGAGGAAGUUCGCGUGGUUCCGAUAUAUCGCGAUCCGGUUCAUGAUUUUGGAUUUUUUAAAUUUAAUCCGGCGGACGUCAAGCAUAUGACGGUGCCCUCGCUGCAUUUGAAGCCGGCUAAAGCUACCGUUGGGACAGAUAUUCGAGUUGUCGGUAAUGAUGCUGCUGAAAAGCUAGCCAUUGCAAGUGGGACCUUGGCCCGAUUGGAUCGUGAUGCUCCUAAUUAUGGAUACAAUAGCUACAACGACUUCAAUACGUUCUACUUCCAGGCUUCGUCAGGAACCACCGGCGGUUCUUCUGGCUCACCAGUACUCAACCAUGAUGGCGACGCAAUCGCUCUUAAUGCUGGUGGAAAAAUUGGCACCUCCGCAUCAUUUUAUCUACCACUUGAUCGAGUCAAGCGCGCUUUUGACUUGAUUCGAGAAGGAAAGGAGGUACCUCGUGGGACCAUCCAAACAGUUUUUAACUACAAACCUUUCGACGAAGUGCGCCGACUAGGUGUCGAUCCCGCUACAGAAGGGCUCGUUCGCACCUCAUUUCCUCUAGAAACGGGUAUGUUGACAGUUGCCGAAACGAUUCCAGGAGGGCCCUCGAGCAACAAACUGCAGCCGGGAGAUGUACUGGUGCGCGUGAAUGGUGAACUAAUCACGCGAUUUGUGCCAUUGGAAGCCGUUCUAGAUGAUAACGUUGGCACAGAGAUUCAGCUGGAAAUCGAGCGUUCUGGAGAACCUAUUGUACACAAGGUUCAGGUACAAGAUUUGCAUUCGGUUACUCCUUCGCGCUUUAUCGAGAUCGGCGGAGCUGUCAUCAAUCCGCUCUCGUAUCAGCAAGCAAGGAACCAUGCAAUGAGCCCAGGAGCCCCGUACGUCGCCGACCCGGGCUACUUUCUUCAACGCUCGCGAAUUGGACGCGGAGCUAUUAUUCACUCUGUUAAUGGAACCAAAACGCCUGAUCUUGAUACUUUAAAAAAUUAUAUGAAGCAGUGCAGGGACCGUGAUCGCAUUGUAGUUAAAUUUUCAAAGCUCACGGAUAAGUCAGAAAAGGUCGAGGUUGUGCAUGUGGACCGCAGGUGGUUCCCGUUCUGUGAGUACGUGCGCGACGACAAACUUGGAACAUGGCAUUGCCAAAAUUUUGCUCUGCCUAGUAGCUCGUUUGAUGCCGAAAAGAAUGAGACUGAAAGUCAAGAUGAGCCGAUUGGUUCAACGACUACUUUGCCAGGCAAGAAUCCAGUAGAAAACAAGCUUGCACGAUCCCUCGUUACGGUGGAUUUUGACAGACCGUUUAGUGUUAAUAGUUUGUCAACGUCUAAUUACCGAGGCACAGGACUUGUGAUUGAUGCUAAGAAGGGUCUUGUUGUCGUUGAUCGUAAUACAGUGACCGAUUCGAUGGGAGAUGCCAUGGUCACUUUUGCUAGUACCAUCAUGAUUCCAGCCCACGUAGUAUUUGUGCAUCCGGUGCAUAAUUUUGCUAUUGUGCAGUAUGACCCAAAACUUAUUGGAUCGACACCUAUUGAAAGCUGUCAAGUGGCAUCGAAGCCGCUAGUGCCAUCAGAUCCCGUUUGGCUUGUUGGGCUCAUGAGCAGCGUAGGCCGCAGUGGCCAUUCUGACUUAGUAUCCCGCGAAACCAUCGUCUCUGGUGUAAAGUGGAUCGGAUUGCCCAUGCCUAAUCCACCACGAUACCAGGAGCAUAACCUAGAAAUGGUGUCUCUUCAGGACGUUGUUGGCACUGAAGGCGGUGUUAUUUGCAGCGAAAAAGGAGAAGUGAGCGCGUUCUGGGCCUCUUUUUCAUUUCAGCAGCAGCGGCGAAACUCUAAGGUGGAGAGUCAAUUCAACCGUGGCAUUCCAAUAGAUUUGGUAAUGGAAAGUGCUGCUCCGCUAAUGCGUGGAGUGACUCCGAAAAUUUAUGACCUGGGCGUUGAUUUCGAGCACCUAAGUUUGGCAAAGGCCCGAGAGCUUGGUCUUGGCCAGGCUUUAGCCGAAAUUUUAGAAAAAGACGCGCCGGAUCGCCGAACCAUUUUGACCGUUGCCCGCCGCUGGGGUGGCACAGAGGCUCACGAUCUUCUAAGAAAUGGUGAUAUUCUGGUUGCUGUGGAUGGCAAGAUUGUGACGAGCUUCCGGGAAGUAGAGCGCUGUACGCAGAAGCCAGAGGUACAACUCACUAUCGUACGUGAUGGACGUGAAAUGCAAUUGGACGUGAAAACAUUGUUUAUGGAGCGUACGGAAAUCAAUCGUAUUGUAUUCUGGCAGGGUUUGCUGUUACAGGCACCGCCAUUAUCUGUGUCCGCGCAGCGUAGUAUUUCGUUAGAUGAUGGAAUAUACGUCUCGUGUCGGUACUCUGGCUCCCCGGCUGCUCGUUACGGACCACCUCCCACAAGUCGAAUUAAAGAAAUUGAUGGCAUUAAAAUCACAAGUAUCGACGAUUUCCUGCGCAUCGUUACUGCUAAGUCGGCCAGCGACUCAGUACGCAUUAAAUACACGGAUUUGAGCGGCAAGGACCAUCUGAGCACUCUUAAACUUGAACCGAAGUAUUGGCCAACGAGUGAACUGGUCCAUGAGGGUGGAGAGUGGCACAGACUUCAGCAUUAG